AUGUACUAUAAUCAAUAUAAUCAGCAGUGCGCGAAGGUGUUUUAUUUCUAAAAAUUUAACUGAAUCAGCAUUUUAGAAAGAUGAAAACAGAGAUUUGAUGCUCGCGAGAAUGCUAGACGAGGAAUUGUUCACCGACUUUACUUUGAAAGCCGGCGAUCUGGAGAUCAAGGUCCACAAAGCCGUCCUUGCUGCCAGGUUUGAUAAUUAUGACUGUAACGAUAGAAAAACCUUCGGCCUAAUAGUUAUUACAUUUUUCUAUCACUCUUUGUACUCCCAAAACUUUUCAUUCUCAAAAAAAGUAUUGAGAAUGAAAACAGUUAUGAAAAUGAUCGUAAAUAUGACUUCGAUAGCUUUUUUUUGUAUUGAAAACAUGUUUUUGUACUCCGUUGGUUCGUAAUUUCUUCUUUCUUAAAAAUCAUUUUAAGACUGGAAGCAGUUUUUUCAAAUUAAUUUAAAUGUGAAAAAAACGUGAAAAAAAACUAUUUGAACCAAUUGGAAAAAUUGGUUUUGGCGAGUUUUGAUCUUUUGAGCUCGUGAUUGAUAGACAAGAGUACAGGCGCUGCGCCAAGAGCGUAAAAAGGCCGCUAGGUUUUUUAAACUUUUUUCAAUAAACCUAAACACCUGAAUACCCUACCUUAAAUGAAAAUUGUUGUGCAAGUAUUAGAUUCGCAAACGUCGCAUUUUGGUCGCGAACGAUUAAAAAAAACGACUCUUAACAUACAUUUAUAUUGAUUCACUUUAAAAAAGGAUUAUUUUCGGAAGAUUUUGCCUCUCGGCAAAGUUGGUCACAUUUUAAGGCUCACAAACUUUUGGCAUACUCAAAUUUUUCAUUUUUUUUUUUCAAAUCUUAAUUUCAAUCGCUCAAUAAUCAAAAUUUCUGAAAAACACUUUCUAUCUUUUUCAAACGCAGUUUUUUUCGUUAGUAAUAUAUUCGUUUCAGAUUUUGAAUUUCAAGAAGCCAACUCUGCCCACGUGGCUACAGUAUUUGCUUUGAUACUUUAUGGCUAUAAAGUGCGGCGUUUACAAAAUGCGACCGCUUUUUUUGUGCACUAUUGAAAUUUAAUAAAAAUACGGGCGUCUUUGAAUUUUUCGUUAUUGUUUUAAAAAUAAAAAUCAAAAACUUUGAUUUCUUCGAUCGUUUUCUUAUCAGUAUUGUGGUGUCUCUUUCGUAUUUUCGACAGUUUCGUUUUUCAAACCAUUUUUCAAGGUUUACUUUUUCCCAUAUUUAAUCUUUUUUCCCUGAUUACCGGUUUAAUACUGAUUCAUGAACUGUAGAAAAUCGUUUUUAAUAACUCCUAGUGAGAAUCCUAAGUUAUUCAAGCAAUCAAAAAAGUUCCUCGUGACGAAUUCGUUAAUUUCGUCGAUUUUUCUUUCGAAUCGUUUUUUUCAAAAGAAGAGAUAGUUACAAAUUCAAAAUUUAAAAAAGUUGCCAGAAAGAGUGAAAAAUAUAUUAUUAAGAAACGCCCACGUUUUAUCAAUUUUAAAUUGAGCGAAAAAAACAUUUUAUGGACGGUCGAAUUUUGUAAACGCCUGCAUUUUAUAUAGCAUGCCGCUAUUGAAAGACUUCCAUCGCGCGCGAAAAAAUAUCGACGCGAAAAGGUACUAUACUCGCGGGGGCGGAGUUAGCUGUUUAUUAUUUAAAAAUCUGAUAUAUAUUUAUUUUUUUCAGAUCCCCCGUUUUUCCUGACCAUGUUUGCUCACAGUGAUACUGAGGAAAUGGAAAAGGUGAAUUCCGGGGUCACGAAAAGAAAUUCGCAAAGAAAACCUUUUCAAACUUCGAAAAAUUUAAAUUUAUAACUUUUGCAGGGCGUUGUCGAAAUGCAAAACGUAGAGCCAGAAACUCUCGAACAGCUCGUCAGCUACCUUUAUUGUGUCUCGAUUGAAAAAGAAGAGGGUCUUGUGCAAGACCUGUUACAAUUGGCUGACAUGUACGGGAUCGAAGAUCUCAAAAGCGAAUGCGAAAAUAUUCUUCUACUCACUGUCAACGAAAAUAACGCUUGCGAAAACGCUCUAUUGGCUGAUUCGUUCGAUUGCGCCCCUUUGCGUGAGCGAGCCAUCGAGGUGUGUUCUUGUUUGUCUUAUACCUGGAGAACGUUUUUGGCCCCCGGUUGUAAUAUUGAUGAAACUUUGCUGAAAUGUAUUGUAGGAGCAACUGACUCCAGAAAAACAAAAAGUUUCUCUCAAUAGAUUUGGUUUUCGAGUUAAGACGCUUCAACAGCUUGAAAUAGCGCCUUUUCGUCGAAUUUCGCAAAUUUCGAAGCUAUAUAAAUCGAGAACUAUAUCUACUGCGGGAACUUUUUUCCUUGUUCGGAAAUCAGCAAAGUACGCUUACUAAAAGUUUCAACAAGUUUUCAGCCUGAAACUAAAAAAAAUUCCCUAGUAGGUAAAAGUUAUUGUGAAAAAUAUUUAAAAGUUCGCCGUUUUCAGAUUAUUGCUAGUAGCCCCAAUAUCACAAAGACCGAGGGAUGGUACGAAUUUGUCAGAAAGCCUGACCUCGUCACCAAAGCUUUUGAAAUGAGAGACGUGAAAAAUUCUCUAGAAGGUAAAAGUCUUUGCGAAAAAUAAUUAAAAAUUCGCCAUUUUUAGAUGAUUUCUGUUAG